AUGGUAAAAUCAAUUUUAUACGAACUUAUAUUUGUAUUAAAUAUGCUUUAACGUGCACCAUGAGUUUGCAACCGUAGUUUGGACCUGUUACGGCUGCUGCAAAGUGACAAGCUAACAGUGAAGUUAGCCGGUGGCAACACAUUUGAAACUAGUCUAAUCUAAACACACCUCUUAAGCAGUCGAUCAACUUUGAAUUUACGAUCUUUUUAAAAACUCGUUGCUCUUCUUUUGAAAUGUAAUAAAAAAAUUAAACAUUUGUCGGACAAUAAACGUUAUCAUCAAACGCACAUAGUCAAGUAGGGUCAUGUUUUUAUCUCCUUCAGGCUACAAGACGAAGGAAAAGACAAAGUAAAGGAGUCAUUGUCAACAUCGGUAGGUUCAUAGCUUUUAUUAUUUCUUGAUACUUUUAUAAUCAUAGUUGUAUUGACUCAGAAGUAGUAACUUGUUGAUGUCCUUUCUCUUUUAGAAGGAGAGACUGCCUCUGAAAGUGAAGAAACAGUCCAGCAGAGAGUUGAACAGACAGAGGAGGCUGAACCCACUGACAGCACAGAUGGGAAAAAGGACGAGGACCAAGAUGACAAGGGUACCACAAACGCAACACACACAGGGUGUUUGACUGUUAUCAUAAGCUGUGUCACUCAUGAAGCUGCAUGUUCAGACUCUCAGGUGGAUAUGGUCAUCGAAGUGAAAGGAAGUGCAUCCACUGUGACUGUGACCUGGGAUGAGAAGAAAGAUGGAAAGCUUGAGGAUAAAGAAAAGGAAACUGGUGAAAGUGACCAGAUAACGGAUGCAGGAGGAGAUGUUUGUGAGAAAGGUAAAUUCAUGAUACAGGUUGAAAUACCUGUAAGCUAUUGCAACCUAUUUAUGGUUAGCGUUAUAGUUAUGAUGUUGUUAAUCCCAAAGUAGGCACACAGGUUUUUGUAGGCAUCGGGGUUCUUGCAUUAUUUGUAGGCCUCUGUAGGAUAUCACCAUGAUGUAAAUUGUAAACACAUCCUCAACACUGCGUUCUGAAUUCUUUUGUCUUUAAGUGUCAUACAGGUUCUAUUUUUGAAAUCAGUCUCAUUCACCUGUGAUAAUUAGUUUGUCAGGUGAGCCCAGGUAAAGGAAAAACUACUAAAGAAGGGCGUCCUACAUUAUUAAGCAGACCAACGUUUUCAAGCAAUAUGGGAAAGAAAAAGGGUCUCUCUGCUGCUGAAAGGGGUGAAAUAGUUGAAUGCCUUGGACAAGGUAUGAAAAACGUAAAUAUUUCACGAAAACUUAAACAUUAUCAUCGUACUGUUAAGAGAUUUGUGGCUGAUUCAGAGCACACACGGGUUUGUGCAGAUAAAGCACAAUGAAGAAGGUUUCUGCCAGACAAAUACAUCGGAUUAAGAGAACAGCUGCUAAAAUGCCAUUAUAAAGCAGCAGACAGAUAUUUGAAGCUGCAGAUGCUCCAGGAGUCCUACGAACUUAAAGGUGUGGGGAUAUUCUCCAGAGGCUUGCAGUUGUGCAUAGACCCUCUAUUCGGCCACCCAUAAACAAUGCUCACAAGCAGAAACGGUUGCAGUGGGUCCAGAAAUACAUAAAGACUAAUUUUCAAACAGCCUUGUUCUCUGAUGAGUGCCGUGCAACCCUUGAUGGUCCAGAUAGAUGGAGUAGUGGAUGGCCAACAUGUCCUAACAAGGCUGCGACGUCAGCAAGGAGGUGGCGGAGUCAUGGGGAGAAAGCUUUUAGGGUCCUUGAAGGUGUGAAAAUGACCUCGGCUAAGUAUGUAGAGUCUGACUGAACACCUUCUUCCAUGGUACAAAUAGAAGAACCGUGCUCUCCGUAACAAAAUCAUCUUCAUGUAUGACAAUGCACCAUGUCAUGCUGCAAGAAAUACCUCUGCAUCAUUGGCUGCUAUGGGCAUAAAAGGAGAGAAACACAUGUUUUGGCCCCCAUCGUCCCCUGACCUCAACCCUAAUGAGAACCUUUGAGGCAUCCUCAAGCAAAAGAUCUAUUAGGGUUUGAGGCUGUUCACAUCCAAGCAACAGCUCUGGGAGGCUAUUCUGACAUCCUGCAAACAAAUCCAAGCUGAAACUCCCAUAAAACUCACAAGUUCAAUGGAUGCAAGAAUUUUGAAACUGCUGUCAAAUAAGGGGUCCCAUGUUAAAAUGUAACUUGACCUGUUGAGAUGUUUUUGAUUGAAAUAGCUUUUGAUUUCAGUAAAUAGGACCUCCUAAUGCUGCAAAUUCGACAAAUGGCCAUUUUCAGUUCCUUAGAUCCUAUAAAAUGUUUUGAAACUCUCAUGUGCAUAAUAAUUUGGAACAGUUAAUUUUAAGUUUUUUAUCUUUGAAUAAAUUCUGUUAUCAUUGGGAGGUUUGUUCAAUAACAUUUAAAUUAUACUCCGACGGUUAAUGACUUGAAAAUUAUGCAGACUGUCAUUUGCGUUGACGAUUUAGAAAAUCUGAGAAAAAGAUCAUUUGCAUAAUAAUUUUGAACACAGUGUAUGGACAACAGCUGAAUCAAAACUUCCUUCUAGAAAAUUGUGUUACUAUGAUCUUUUUUCUGUUAUAAAAUUAUUUAUUUUGUCUAAUUGAAGUUUGUUUAGUUUGACAGCCGUACUUCCCCGUAAAUUCUGCAUUCCUUGUGAAAAACUCCUGCUUUAGGUGAGCAACAGGACGUCUCUGUUGCUGAUGAAGUUGGUUCCAUGGAGGAUGCUCCCACAGAGAGUAAAGGGACAAAAAUCCAGCAAGAAGUAAAAGAACCUGGAUCUGAACCUGAAGGUAUUUAAAAUUAAAAAAAUAUAUACUGUACUAAGGACUGUAAGUGAAUUUUGAGCCAUGUAGUGAAGCUUUGUCUCUUUUAGAGGCUCUGAUGGACACCACCACUGAGGAAAAUGAAAGAACACCCAUGGUGACUGACACCACGGAGAUGGAUGCAGAAGAAGGAGAGAGUAAUGGUGUUGAAAAGGAAGCUGAAGAAGGUGGAGAGGUUGUUGUUAAUAGAAAAGCAGGUAUGAUGUUACCAAGAGUGAAGGGUGCAGGGUUGAUUUUAAACUGGUGUUUUAAGGGGAUAUCUUUCUAAGGUUUUCUCUCCUCGUCCAAUAAAAAUAUUUCAUAGCAAUUCGUCUUAAUUAAUGUCAGAUGUAGACAGCUCUCUGCUAGUAUUUUGAAUUUUUCAUACAAUUAAUUAUUUGGUGACAGUGAAGUUUAUUGAUCAGAUUUCAACCAACACCAGAAACCAAAAUGGCUUUCAUUUUUUCAUUAAAAAAUUGUCAGAGGUGUUAAAAGGCAGUGCUAAAGAAAUUCUUUUGAUGUACCUUUCCUCUGACAUUGUUCAAAAUUUGACCCUUUUUUGAUGCAGCUGAAAUUGUUUAGGCAAUAUCUAACAAAGUAUUUCAUUCUCUUUGUGAGGUUAUUUCAGAUAUGCAGAUUAGUGUGUGAGAUGACUUGCACACACUUACACACAUGGCUUUGAAUACAGCAUGUAUUUAGAACAACAGGACAUGUAGGACACCAAAAAACAAGCGUGGGAAUCAAACUCCAACAUGGUUGUGUGCCAUUGUUUGACACUAAUCAUUACUAGUGUCAAACUUUUUUCUCUUAAGUAAGACUUUUGUCAAGGUUUUGUGUGUGUGUGUGUGUGUCCUUUUUCUUAUUGUUGAUUUAAUUAGCAUUGCGAAGCAUUUGCUUUGUGCCAUGUGUUAACUGUGAAUGAUGAUGGUUCACUUGAUUACUAAUGUUUUCCAUUUGUUUCAGCAAAAAGAAAAUUAAAACCACAACCAGUUCAGACCUCCCCAUCCAAGAAAACCAAACUCAUAAAUGAUGGUAAGAACUCACCAAAGAAACAUACGUCUGUGAUCUGUUUGUCUUUAAAGCGACUAUUUUUUGCAUACUUCAAUCUCUGAUUUCAUUUUAAAGGUUAUUGUCUGUUUGUUGGCAACCUGAACAACUCUAAAAAGUUUGACGAAGUCAAGGAUUCAUUAGCAAAUUAUUUCAUGGCACAAAGUCUCCUGGUUCAAGACAUCAGAGUAGAUCCCUCAAAGUGAGUCUUCUUUCUUCUGAAGUUUUGACCAUUAGGGUCGUAUUAUUACACAGCAACAUGAGGCUACAUCAGAUACUAAUGGUGUUUUGGUCUUGUAGAAAAUAUGCCCAUGUAGAUCUGGCUUCAGAGAUGGAUUUGAACAAAGCCCUGACAUUAAACGGAGAGACGGUGCUCGAUAAGCCCUUGAGGAUUGCCAAAGCAAGAGUCAUAAGUGCAGAAAGUGUGAGGAAGAAAAUGUCACCAGAGGAGAAAAAAGGUAACCGCUAAAAUGAUUGUCAACUCAAGCAGGAGUGUAGCUUUUGUGGUAGUUUUAUUUGGGGAUGUAAAUGUUUCUGUUUUCAGUCCACAGGUUUGAUUUUUGGUGAAAUUUAUGAGCAUAGAUUUGUAAUAGGAGAGUCAUGAAAGUAAAAACACAAGUCUGUGGAGGAUAGUAAAAAGACAGAAAGAGAUGAAUUUAUCUAAAUUGAUGUUUAGACUUGUAAAUCUUCUGUUUUUUAGCUGCCAAAGAUGCUAGAUCUUUGUUUUUGAAGAACAUCCCUUAUGAUGCAACAAAGGAAGACAUCAUGAAAGUCUUUAGUGAAGCCAUCAAAGUCUGGUUUCCUGAUGGAGCACAAAGACCAGGGAAAGGGUGAGUUUCAAAUGGCAACACUAAUUUGAGAAGCCUUUGGAAACAAUGGUGUCCAAUUUGCAAAGUGUGCUGUUACUUUAAUGAUGCAGUAGCUGUGUUUUUUUCUCUUGUCAUGCAUGUCAUGAAUACUUUUAGAAUCACUUUAUGUAUUUUCUCAUUUUCAACAGUUUUGCCUUUGUUGAGUUUAAAAAUGCAACCAGUGCGGAAAAAAUCCGUCAAAGUAAACAAGUGUUUAAAAUACAAGGCCAGGCUCUGAUUGUGGACUCUCUACAUGUGUAUGAAGUCGCCAAAGAAAAGGAGAACAACAAACCUAAAGGUAAAAUACUCUGACUCUUAAAAAAAAAUUACCAUUCAUAUUUGACAUGACACUAGAGCUUUAUAAAUGAUGUUUAUAUUUCUCUCUUUUUUUGCCUGGAUAUCAGUCAUCACAGUUGAAAUUUGGGCUUAAACUUUGUUUACAAAAUACUUUUUCUUCCCACAGCUGAAAUCCCUCCCAAUAAUGUGCUAUAUGUGAGCAGUUUUUCUAGCGAAGCAAAAGAGAAAGACUUUAAGAAAGUCUUCAAGAAAGCUGUUAGUAUCACCGUCCCUCAAAGAGGAACCAAAUCAAAAGGGUAAGUACAAAUAUACUCUCCCAUGUCUUCCCCAAAGAAAAAAACCCCCUAAAAGUCUCAUAAAAACUUCAACGAUUUUUUGCAGAUGUGCAUUCAUUGAGUUCGCGAGUGUGGCAGAUGCUAAAAAAGCCUUGCAGUCAUCCAAAAACAUAAAAAUCUGUGAAAAAGCGAUCAAAUUGCAAUUCCUUGAAAAGCGGGAUAACGUGGUGAAGAAGAAAGGUUUGUUCAAUCCAUUGUUCGUAUCAUAUCCAUGUUCAUACACUUGCACAUUCAUUGGAUUGUCAUCUGAUUUGUAACAUAUUCAAUCAUAAAUUAAAUUAAACAUUAAUUUCAGAAAUUUCCAAAAUCAGUUCAUGUCAUAUAACUUGAUGAAAACAAUUAACCAAAGUUCCUUUUUCUCUUUUUAGUUGAAUCAAAAACAUUGGUGGUUUUUGACCUUUCUAAGAAAACAACAGCUGAAAGCCUAAAAAGUGCUUUUGAAGAAGCUCUCAGUGCAAGAGUCAUUGUAGAUAAAGAGACUGGAGUUUCCAAAAGGUUUGCAGCAGACAUUUUUAUUAAAGUGGCAGUAAAAUGUCUAUUAUUCCAGUCGCUGUAGAAGUCUGCUCCACACUCAGUUUUUUUUAACAUUCAUUUUUUUCUCAGGUUUGGGUUUGUUGAAUUUGAGAGUGAAGAAAAGUCCAAAUCUGCCAAAGAGGCCGUGGAAGACUGCGAGAUAGAUGGCAGCAAAGUGACUGUGGCUUAUUCCAAAAACAAGAGAGUAGUCCCUGUAGAUGGCACACCAGACUCAGGGGAGGGCUGUGAUGAUCAGCCUGCAGAUCAGGGGGCUGCCAAAGGAGGAAGAGCUCGCAUCAGAGGUAACAUUUAUCAUCUCCUCAUUGAAGGUGCUUUUGUCACCCGAGAGGUUAACGAAGAGUAAGAAUAUUUGAAGGGUUGAUUGAAAGCUAAACUGAUCAAGUUAGCUAAACUUAUUUCAGUAACAGUGAGUUGAAAGAGUUUGCUUGUGACUGCCUUCACAGAGAAUUAUAACUCAACUCAGCAGAUGUCAUCUUCAAAGAGACUUCAGCAUCCCUCAGCUCAUUGUGUUUAGUUUUUUUAUCCUUCUGCUCUCCUCCUCAAACCAGCAGGCUCUGGUUGACCCUCUCCUAUCUGGACUGUAAUUGCUCAAGCGAAACUAUAACAAGAUCAAAAUUGGGCUUUAUUUAGGUGAUUCUAAUUUUUCUCAAAUCAAAACACUUAGCACCAUUUUAUUAAAUGAUAACGUCUUUAAAUGUUUUACUUUACAUCAACUAUUUGACAGAAAACACUCUGUCUUUAAGGUCUUUACUGAUAUGGUGAUAUUGUUCCCCAACACGGCAGCUUGUGUUCUGUGGUGGGACUACAGUCAGGAUUGAAAUUAAACAUAAAGGGACACGUAACACAUUCUUGCUUUAUACACAGACAUAUUUAAACAACAGUGUUAGUCUAACAAACAGGGUCACGCCAAAAACCACAGUCUUACACAAGGUGUUCACUGGAGUAAAGUAAUUGGUCAAUUGGCCAGUCCAAAGCAACAGCCUGGAGGAGAGUAAAUAUUGGUAUGAUGUUGUUUAACCUCAUAGGGAGACAAAUUCAGUGCUGAUGUUAUUCUUGACGUUUUAAUUUGUUUGUCAAUGUUAUGGUUACUUCUUUUCUGCAAACACAAAUGGGCUUGUCCAACUUUAAUUAAAAGCGCUUUUCCUUUGUCUGAUCAGAAAUGAUUUCAAGCAGCUUUACUCAAGGUGAUUUGCAACAAAUAUUAAGCUAUUGAUAUUCUUUAAACAGAUUUUCUGGAUUGGAGGAACUCUUGUUCUAUCACGUUUGUCUUUUUUAUUUUACAGUUAUCAUCUUACUUUUAUCCUCAAGGGUGUUGGUGAAGCACUUUAAAAGGUGCCUCGUGGAUUCAGAUUAUUGUAAUUUUUUAAAUAAGAAAAAAAGUAAAGCGGCUAAUUUCUUCAUAAUGAUAAACAGGAAGAGUGUUGAUGUGAGUGCACUAUCUUCUUUGGUUUGUUUCAGCCCUUUUAAAGUAAAAAUAAUAAUCAACUUCUCUUCUUCUUUUAGGUAAAGGAGCUGGAGCUGAAAAACAGCGUGCUGUUAGAAAAAGGAAAAAUAAAGAUUGA